UUUCAUCUAGACAUGGCGACUCCCUAUAACACAUGAAUUAAAACAUGAUCGAGCUGUGAAUGUCUGUAUAUGGAAGGUCUGUGAACCCGUGUUAUUGAGGAUUAGAGAUGGCUCAUUUUAUUUCUCUAUUCUGAACACGAAUAUUGUGUUGUCGACCCAAACAGGGGAGCUAAACAGGUCUAGAUCUAACUUAUUAGACUAAGUUGAGUUUAGCCGCUUGCUAUGCAGCUGUUAUUGAGACCGGUGGUCAGUGUCUUUUCGCUCGCUGGCCGCUCUCCUCAUCUUAAGAUCUGUAGAAUAAAGCGGAGAACUCAGGGGUCCACACAGCCCUUCACUCUGAUCAGACACAGAUGGAUGAAAACGGGCUGUCUGUCCACUGACUGUGCGAGACAGUACAGCUCAACCGCUCAGAAGCAACAGAUUGACAUGUCAGAAUUUCCUGUGGACAGAAUAAGAAAUUUCAGCAUCAUCGCUCAUAUUGACCAUGGAAAAAGCACGCUGGCUGACAGACUGUUGGAGAUGACAGGUGCCAUUGCAAAGACUGAGCGUAAUAAGCAGGUGUUGGAUAAGCUCCAGGUGGAGAGAGAGAGAGGAAUCACUGUAAAGGCCCAGACUGCCUCUCUGUUCUAUCAGCAUGAAGGACAGACUUACUUACUCAACCUCAUCGACACACCGGGUCAUGUUGACUUCAGCUAUGAGGUGUCACGCUCCAUAUCGGCCUGCCAGGGAGUUCUGCUCAUAGUUGAUGCAAAUCAGGGAAUACAAGCACAAACUGUGGCCAACUUCUACUUGGCUUUUGAAGCUCAGCUCACCAUCAUACCUGUUAUAAAUAAGAUUGAUUUGAAAAAUGCAGAUCCUGACAGAGUGGAGAAGCAAAUUGAAAAGAUCUUUGAUAUUCCAAAGGAGGAGUGUAUCAGGAUUUCGGCAAAACUCGGAACAAAUGUGGAUCAAGUUCUUCAAGAGGUGGUGAAGAGGAUACCUCCUCCCACGGCCAAAGUUGAAGAACCAUUUAAAGCUCUGGUCUUUGACUCCACUUUCGACCACUAUAGAGGAGUGGUAGCCAAUAUCGCCGUAUUUGGAGGACAGGUCUCUAAGGGAGACAGAAUCGUCUCAGCACACAUGGGAAAGACGUAUGAGGUCAAUGAACUGGGAAUCCUGAGACCAGAUGAACACCCCACAGAGAGACUCUACGCGGGACAGGUGGGCUAUGUGAUAGCCGGAAUGAAGGAGGUGAAGGAAGCUCAGAUUGGAGACACCCUGUAUCUCCAUAAGCAGCCAGUAGAGGCGCUGCCGGGCUUCAAACCUGCUAAAUCCAUGGUGUUUGCAGGUAUCUAUCCAAUGGAUCAGUCAGAGUACACAACACUGCGUAGUGCCGUGGAGAAGCUGACUCUGAAUGACUCCAGUGUGACUGUGCAGAGAGACAGCAGCCUGGCCCUGGGGGCUGGGUGGAGAUUGGGAUUUCUGGGUUUAUUGCAUAUGGAGGUGUUUAACCAGCGUUUGGAGCAGGAGUAUAACGCCUCUGUUAUAGUAACAGCUCCAACAGUGCCAUACAAAGCUGUUCUGUCCUCCCCCAAACUCAUAAAGGAGUAUGGGGAGGAGGUGGUGACCAUUGUAAACCCAGCCCAAUUCCCAGACAAGUCUCAGGUGGUGGAAUACCUGGAGCCAAUGGUGACGGGAACUAUUAUCACCCCUGACGAUUUCACCGGAAAGAUCAUGAGCCUCUGUCUGAGCCGCAGAGCCAUUCAGAAGAACAUGGUUUACAUUGAUGACCAUCGAGUGAUGAUGAAGUAUCUGUUCCCUCUAAAUGAGAUUGUGGUGGAUUUUUAUGACCAACUUAAAUCCAUGUCCUCAGGAUAUGCGAGCUUUGACUAUGAGGAUGCUGGCUAUGAACCAGCUGAACUCAUUAAGAUUGAUUUCCUGCUGAAUGGGAAACCAGUGGAAGAGCUCACCACUAUUGUUCACAAAGACCGAGCAUAUAGCAUGGGGAAAGCCAUGUGUGAGAGGCUGAAGGACUCCAUUCCUAGACAGAUGUUUGAAAUUGCUGUGCAAGCAGCUAUUGGGAGCAAAGUCAUCGCCAGAGAAACGAUCAAAGCAUACAGAAAGAAUGUUCUUGCAAAAUGUUAUGGAGGAGAUAUCACUCGAAAAAUGAAACUGUUGAAGAAGCAAGCUGAGGGCAAGAAGAAAAUGAGGCGCAUCGGCAAUGUGGAGGUCCCAAAAGAUGCUUUCAUUAACGUACUGAAAAGGAAGUAGAAGUUACAUUGCAUCGAGUUUUAACAGAGCCUGCUAAUAUAUUUAUCUCUUAGCUGUGGAAAUGAGUGAUGGACACCUUGAAAUAUGAAUUAUGUGUUUGUUUUAAAACGCUGCUACUGACUUGUAUAAUUAAGAAUAGACUUAAAUUAUGUAACGACUA